UAUUUACCGUCUACUGCCACUGAUCUUAACUUCGCUCUACGAAAUGUUUUGCCCGGGUCGGACCCAAUCAGGAGCCCGGGGCCUUUGGCCCCGCCCCCACGUGACUCUUUCAAAACCAGCCCCUUUGUUUGAGCUUCUGUGUGUGCUGAAAGUCCCUGGCAAGAGACAACUGGAGCCGGUGGCGGCUUCUGGGGGCUGCCUCUGUGCGUCCAGUUUCCCCCAUAGUGCGUGCAACUUAUCCUCCUCUUAGCCUGCUCCCGCUGCAUGCGAUUUACCAGCACCCCUGCUGCCGGUGGAUGUAAUUUACUCUCCCACCCAUUCUGCCCCCGUGCAUGCAAUUUACCCCCCUCUCGGCAUCCUGGUCCUUGCUUGGGGUGCACGCUUUCCUCUGCAGCUGCUGUACCCGGUGAGUCCUGGCUGCAUGCACUUCCUUCCUCGCCCAGUCGAUCUUGCCCCUGGUGCAUACACUGCCCCAGUUCUAUCGUUCUCCUGCCCCCGGCGUAUGUACCUCCCCAGGAGCUGCGUCCCCAUCCCCACCCCGCUGAGCGGUGCCGCUUGCCCCAGCGAUCCUCAUGGCCCGCAGAGCUGUGCCCCCCUCCCUCUGGUCCGGGAGCGACCGAGUGCGGUUCGGGGAGCGGCUACAGGCCAGCCUGGCCGGGAUCCUGGAGCUCGAGCUGCUGAGAGAGACGCAGAAGGGAACCGUGGAGAGCGCCCUGGGCGUCCGGGAGCCGGCGGGGGCUAUCCCAGGGGGGCAGCGACAGCAGGGAUGGGGCAGCCUGGGGGCUAAGGAACCGCUGCCCGCAGCUAAGCUGGACCGGAGCAAGUCUGAGGACCUGCUGGGCAUCCCUGAGAAGCCGUGUGUCUCCUACUGCUCCUCCGAGAGCAUCGACGUGGGAUGCCAGGCCGGGAACAGGGACAGCAGAACGCCAGCAACAAGCCUGGCAUUGAGAACUGCUGGAUCCAGUGAGCAGCUGCUGCUCCCCAAGAGGCCCAGGGCACAGGCAGAGCCUAACUUCACUGCACCAGAGACCUCAGAGGCCGACUCCAGGCCCAGCUCGGGGUUCUACGAGACCAGCGAGAUGGGCUCCCUGUCCGACUCCUCCACAUCCAUGCACAGCGAGUGCCCAGGGAGCUCACAUUGCAGCGUUGGUUCCCUCUCCUACCUCCCAGGCCUACGGGACAGUGGCUGUUCACGGCCGCACUCCACUGACGAGACCACUGUCCGGCUUCUCGACCUCCGGCUGCAGCGGGUAAUAGUACCCAAUGCUCCCAGAAGCCCCCAUGCCGCUGCCAGGAGACCAGUCUCAACAGGGGACCUGGAGUUCUUGCUGAGCCUGGGUGAGCUUUCGCCAGCGUUCCCUCAGAGCUUGCAGCUCCUGCGGUACAAGUGUGACCUGGUGUCCCGCAGCACCAGCGAGAUCUACCACUACCCCAGCCCACUGCAUGCUGUGGCCUUGCAAAGUCCACUCUUUACCAGCGGCCUGUCCCGGGGCCCAUCCCAGGAGGACCUCAGCGAGCGGGCAGCCAUCCCCACUGUGCAGGAGGGCUCUCCCCAGAGUGGGCCAGCCCCCUCAGAGGAGCAGCGCCGGGCCCAGCUGGACCGUUACAUCGCCAAGCUGGUGUUGAGGUACAGGUGUCGGUCAGCAGCUAGUCGCACGGAGCCUAGCUACCUGGCAGGGCACCAGAAGAGCCAAUCCAUGUCAUCGGUCUGCGGCUCCCCACUGGCAGCUGGGCCGCUCCCUGGCUGGAAAAUCCGCAGGCGCAUUUCUACCUGCUCCCACCUCCGCUCUCCAGAGGGGCCUGACAGCUCCCAGGCGCUGGACGGCCCAGGGGGCCGAGGCUCCACCGCCUCCUCUGUGGGAUCCAGCGAACGCUCAGUGGGGUUGCUCCUGGAGCAGCUCUCGCUGUGCCGGGAGCAGCCGGAGGGAGCCGGCUGGGCUGAGGCCUCGUCCUGUCAUCCCCAUGUGGUCAGGGUCAAGGCCUCCUCCAGGAAGACCCUUGGCACUGAGCGGGAGCGGCUCUACAAGGGCAAGCAUGCCUCGCGGGAGUUGGUGAAGGCAGGCGAGGGUGCGGAGCGCAGCUGGCUCAGCCCGCGGGAGCUGCUUCGCAGGAUCAGCCUCCGGCGCAGGCCAGCUCUCCGGGCAGAGGCGGGGAGCCGCUGCAGCUCAGAGGUGAACGUCCGCACGCCGAGGCCUGUGUAUCGCUGCAGCUCCCAGCACUGCCUGGAGCCCCCAGGCAGACACAAGUGGGCAUCCGUCCUGGAGAUCUCCAGCCAGGCUCUGGGGAGGCCGAAAGCUGAGCCCUUCCCCCCACCAAGCCGCCAGCUGGCCUUCUCCACAGACUCCUGCUUCCCUGAUGGCAGCCAGCUGGAGCUGCAGCCACAGCGGGCUGAGGGGAGCAGUGCCUCCAGCCUCAGUGAGGUGGAUGCUGUCAGCCUGAAUGGGGAUUGGCGACUGCGGCAGCUGGGGCCACCCGGGGCCCGCCCGCUUCAUGCCUCCGCCACACUGGAUUCCAGCAACCUGGCCAUGGCCAGCUACAAACUACACAGGACCCGCUCCUUCAAGGAGCUGAAGAGGAUGGUGAGCCGUUCUCUCAGGCCUCUGGCUCCCAAGGCCAGCGGAGCCUCCAAGUGACUUCCUCUAGCUGCAGGCUGCUCCCGAAAGCCAUGUGGCAAAACCACCACCUAGCCCCAUCCUUUCAGGGGGAUGGGACCCCAUUUACUGGGACUGCAAGCUCUGCCUGCCUCCUCCCCCUUCACCGUCCCCUAUUCAUGUCUCUUCUCUGUGGUAGACAACUGACUGGAAUUGGCAGGGCCUGGUGCUUCACCCACCCCGAUCGCCAACAACUUGGGGAGGGGAUUUAGAAUCAGCCCCCUGCCCCAACGCUGGCAGAACUGCACUGACAAGGCUGGCACAGGGGCACCCUCUCCCUACAGCAUGGGCAGGCCAGAGCAGCCCUCUCCCUGAGAGGCAGGGAGCUUGAAAUGGCCCCCCAACUUCUAAGAGUGGGAGGGGGCAGGAGCCACACUAUCUAAGGACUGUGUCUGGGCUUGAAAUCAAAUGUUCAACAGGUACCACGGGCCCCCUGCAUCUCCCAUAACCUAGGUAUGUCUGGGUGCUGCUGUCUGACUAGCUGCGGCGGGUAGGCGCUCUGUGUGGGCAGAGCUGCCUGGCUCUGGCUGCACCAAGGAGCCUCAUUGCUGGUGUCAAUUCUAAGUGGAAAAAAAUAAAAAUUGAACGUUAAGGAUUUGGAGGGUGUUUUAGACCUGGGGGGUCUGCUGGCUUGGGAAGGGCAGCGCCCCACUCCAGUGUUUAAAUGCUGGCCAGGAAGGCAGUGGGCACUCUCUCUCUCCAUGCAUAGGCUGUCUUGUGAGCAUGGGUGCUCACAUGCAACCCUUCCCUGGCUGUUAGAGCCAAGCCCUGCUUUUCAUUAGUUGCUGUGCCCUUAGCCUUGGCUGGGGGUGCAACCCAGUCGGCUGCUGGCAAAAUCCCUGUGCAUUCCCUACCUUGAUGCCCCGAGCUUACCAGGGGGAGAGGAUCCUUCCUGUUCUUGGGAGGACUUAUUCUAAAUUCUGCCCUUAGGGUAAGUCCAGGCAGCACCUGUGUAAUUGCAGCUGAGGGCUGUGAACUGGACCCCCGGCUCUGUUUCAUGCUGCUGCUGGUCAGAUGCUGCUUGUAUUAACCCCAUGCCAGCUGCCUCCAUGCUAAUAACGCCCCCUCAGAGCCCAGGACUUGUCCCUGGAGCUGGGAGAAAACCCCAGCUGAAAGGUGCUUCUCUAGGUGAAAUUAAUUAGCCUCAGCCUGUGCAUCACGUGAGGCUUACCAGGUGCGUGGGCCCAGGGGCUGGCCUGCAAAGGAGAGACCUUCCACCGCUUUCUCACAGGCUCCUUGCACCCCGUGGCUUGGCCUUCCUGGCCCUUGCUUCCAUCACUCCUGCUGGUGCCCUGUCAGCUUGUGCAUUAAUUCUCUGGGCCUAGGAGGGGGAGGAGAAAGACCUACCAACAGUAGUGCUGCUCUCCCUGAACCUCUCACCUGUACAUCCCCUGCUUGGGGAGGGGUUGUCUGUUGCUCUUGGAGAAAAGGGAAUAAGCAAGGGGGAUAGUAAAGGGUUGGCCCCAUUACUGCAUGAGGUAGAGUCACAGACUGUUUAAGGCCACAGUGGACAACUGGAUCAUCAGGCAUGAGGCACCAGCUAGAGCAGUUCACUCA